AUGACGGCAGAAUUAGAAAAUGGUCAAGAAAACAAGCACGAAUCUGUUCAGAGAGACAUUAUUUUUUGUAAAGACAUUUUGGCGUUUUUGGAUUUUAUUGUUCAGAAAAGAAACUUAACACAAAAAAAUGUUGAACUCUUAAAAAUUGGCCUCGAUGGAGGAGGUGGCUUUUUUAAAGUAUGUCUGAAUAUUCAGACAAAAGAAACUACUAACCGUGGGGACCUUAAAGACUCUGGAGUAAAAAAACUUUUUAUUUUGGCCAUUGUUAAAAACAUCAAAGAAAACUAUUUUAAUGUUUUAUAUAUUUGGAAACUGCUAAAAAUUGAUGAUCUAGGAAGUUACAGUAUUUCAACAGAUUUAAAAUUGGCAAAUAUUUUGAUGGGCCUGAUGUCUCACAGCUCCGCCUUUCCCUGUACAUGGUGUCAAUCCAAUGCACAAAACCUAAACAAUGAGGGAGAUUUGCGCACGUUCGAGAACAUCCGAAACCAAUAUUUGAGAUGGACGGCAAGUGGAAGCAUCCUGAAGAAAGCAAAGCAUUUUUUUAAUUGCAUUCAUGAACCUAUACCUCAAAAAUUAGGAGAACCUGUGAUCUUGGUGAUACCCCCACCUGAAUUGCACUUACUCUUGGGUGAAACAAGGAUAAAUCAGGAAAAUGAAGAUAAAAAAGAUGAUAUUAGAGAAGAGAAUAUUUCACGAAAAGUUAUUACUGGAGACAGCGAGGGAGGCAGUAAUCCGGAUCAGGCUUCAACUUCAAAAUUCAACUCUGAUGUCGCAAAUGUUGAAGUAACUAAAUUAAAUUUAAAUGCUCAAGAAACGACCAUCGUCGAAUGUAAUGAGUUAAAUCCAUUUAAUACAGAUAGGGCGCUGUUUCAAGAUGUGUUGACUGAUGAAAUGAAGCGCAAAAUUAUAAUUUCAGGCCCAAAUAGACCUAUGGGACCUUCAGUUAGGAAUAUACAUACAAACAAGUCAUUUAGUGUUGAAUAUUACUACACAACCACUAAAACUGGACAGAAAAUUGAUAGAUUUUGUUUACCUUUUCGGGGACAUCACGAGAAUAUUUAUGAAAUAGGGCCUCAAUCUGGUAACUUUUUGAAUAUUAUCGAUUUGCUGUCGCGAUAUGAUCCUUUGUUAAAGUCGCAUAUAACAAAUAAAAAUAAUCGAAAUAAAUACUUACACCAUGAUACGCAAAAUGAAAUCAUAACAUUAAUGUCAAAAUCGGUGGUAAAAGAAAUAGUUAGUGAAAUUUCUAAAGCCCCCUUUUUCUCCCUAAUCGUCGAUACAACCCAAGAUAUCUCAAAGAAGGAUCAAUUAAGUAUAAUUAUUAGUCACGUUAAAGUUGACCUAGAUCAUGAUAAAUCUAUUGCAGGCAAAAUCGAAAUAAAAGAAUCAUUCCUUAGGUUUAUAGAAAUAGGCAAAAAUUUUGAAUGCGUUAUUUUAAGUACAUUAAAAGAACUGAAAAUUGAUAUAGGAAAAUGCCGAGGUCAAGGAUAUGACGGGGCUUCUAAGAUGAGCGGGAAAUAUUCUGGACUUCAGGCAAGAAUUAAAGAAAAAGUACCAACUGCUGAUUUUAUUCACUGCUCCGCACACAAUUUAAACCUGGUGUUGAAUGGUUCAGUGCAAAAUGUUAGCGAAAUUAGAAAUUUCUACGGAUUAUUAGAGAAUAUGUAUUUGAUUUUUAGUAAAAGUUUACCUCGCUGGCAAGAACUCAACAAAUCCAAAGAAGAAAACGCAAUGAUUAAAAAAACAUUAAAAAGAUUAUGCCCUACAAGAUGGUCGUCUUGUUUAGAUUGUCUGAGUGCUAUAAAAUAUAACUAUAAAUGCGUGAUGCAAUGUUUAUCAACUUUUAUUUUAAUUUGCAAAAAAACAUCCGACAGAAUAGAAGCAAACUCCUUGCAAAAAAGUAUGAGUAGUUAUGAUUUUAUUUUGCUUCUUGUAUACCAAAGCAAAAUUUUGGAAAAUAUUAGUUUAGUGUCCAAGCUGCUACAAAGUUCUACCGUUGAUCUGGGACGAGCAUGCGAAUUAUUGAGCUCCACAAUAGAUAAUUUUAAUACUAUUAGAGACGAUUUCGAAAUAUUGCAUGCGGAAGCAACGAAUUUGGCGACAUCGUGGAACAUUCAGCCAAAAUUGAAAUCUAAGCGCCAAAGAAUGGACAAGACAUUCUUUGAUGAACUUGCAACUGACACUGGAAUAGAAGAUUCUCUAAGAAGAUUUCAAAUUAAAGUCUUCUACGAAUCUCUUGAUAUAAUAAUUAAUCAACUCAGAACACGAUUUAUCAGUAUGAACAAAAUCCUAAUCAAUCUAUUGAAGCCCUUUGAAGAGAUCACAAAAAUCGUCAGUCACUCAAACUGUUGCAUAUCGGAAGUUAUCCCACUCGUUUCAACACUUGAAGCUUAUUUGAACAGUGAAGGAAGCAAUUUCGCUGGCUUCGGAACAAUGAAGGACGAAUUAAAAAAUAAUUUGAAGCUUCGUUUCAAAGAUGCAACUUUAAAAAAUUAUCUGUUGUUUGCCACGUUCCUGGACCCGCGCUUUAAAGGAAAUUUUUUUACACCUAACAAAUGCAAAAUUGUUAUUGCGGACCUUAAAAGAGAAUACGAAAUUAUCCAAAAUCACGACGUCGAAGUGGUUGGGAGUGACAAAAUUGACAGUAGUAAUGAAAAUGUAUCAUUGGCAACUUUGAUUUUGUCAACUGCUAGUGCAACACCACCACCAUCUAAAAAAAAAAAAAAUUAA